AUGGAAAUUGAACAACAGCCUUCCUCCAUUCUUUAUGCGUUUUCUACGAUCUUACUGCUUCCACUGCUUCCAGUUGUAGCGCGAUCUUUCCGCUCUAUCAAAAACUACUACACCAAACCGGCAAUUAAUGAAAUUGGUAUUGAAGGACGACGGACUGUCGUCGAUCCUGAAUGGAACCGAUAUCGCCUGCAAGAAAAUUUACAGAAAAUCGGUUUGAGUCUGACGUCGAUUCAUGACGCAAUUGGUGAUCAGGAAAUUUCUGUCACUGACUCACUUGCUACCUGCUUCAUUCAACACGCAGCGAACCGAUACGACGGCGUCUCCAACUUGGACGAGGCUUGGGAUUCGCUGGUCUCCAGCACCGAAACCAAAGAAGAAGAUUGGAUCCGAUUUCGCGUUCGGCUGGAAAAGAAACGCCAAGAAUUACUGUCGCUCCCACUAAACAAUUACAAAGACUUCAAAAGAGUAGUCGAUGAAGUCGUUCGUAUUCUCCAAGAAUUCCAAUGGUUUCAACUAACAACUAGCCGUUCCAUCCACUUCACCCUGUUUGCUGAUCAAUGGAAAGUACAACUCGCCGAAAAGUGCAGAGACUCUCCCGUUGUGACGGAAUGUUUCAUUUGGUACGACAAAGAGGCAGGGGCUUUCAACGGAAUCGCCAAAUGGAGUCAAACAUUCGCCGAUGCCCAGGUCUACUAUCCGGCGCUCAUGUGCCAGUUGGAUCAGAGCUUAAGGAACUUUUUUCGUCUUGUGUUGAGCGAAGGCAAUCCGGAUGAUGAGAUGCUGAAAACGAGAAUCGACGGCUACCUCGACGACUUGAAAAAUUGCGGAGACAAAAUUGAAGAUCACGAAGCUCUGCUGAUUCGAUGGAAUUGCUCCGAGGAUGGCUUAAUGAUCCUUAUGAAAGAGCUACUCAAUCCCAAUUUCGUUGAAGAUAAUCGGCGAGACGACAUUGAAAAGGAACUAAGGGAAGCAUUCAUGCAGAACCUGGACAAGUCCUCUGAAGAAAUUCAAAUCAAGCACUCUGAGUCUUUCGAGAAAGCCCGUCUGGAGUUGCUUGAGAAAGGAGAAGAAGUUGAGAGACAAGGACGUCAAUUGAUUCAAGCAAAGGAAGGAAAGCUUAUUCGAUUGGAACAAGAACUCCGAAAGGCAGAGCAAUCCGACACUAUGGGAACGAACGAGUCCGACUUUCUGGGGAGCUGCCCAGCUAUGCUCAUCAGUGAGUUAAAGAACAAAUUGCAGAAGAAGAAGGACAAACUGGCUUGGGGUCGAUUUCUUUCUCUGUUGGGUCGAUCGCAGCCGCCCUACGAGCUCGCCCGUCUACGACGUCACCAUAGACUUUUCAGUGGCCAGUACGAGAAAAUAACAGAUUUCGCAGAUGACGUCAUCACCGAAUUUGUUCUGAAGGAAUCCUUUGAGAAUGAGGGAGGCGACCUAUCGAAUUUGAUGUCGUUUAUUCAACGCAACACGUCCAUUGCCAAGAACGAGAUUAUUGGCAUUUUAAAGGACAUGGUGAAAGAACCGAUGCAGAAUACCAACAACCCGACGUGGAAAUUCAAUGGGACUGCUCUCCUCUUGAGUCAGGUUCUAGACAAAGUCAAGUCGCCGUUGACUUGCGAAGAAAUUCACGUCGUUGCUUCCAGGGUCAUCUACGUUGAUUGCGACUGGGUCACGCCGGGCAUCGGUUUGGCCAUUUCGGCGCCACUCGUCCAAGUCAGAGAGGAACGAACCAUCGACACGUCAGGCGGUAACGCACAGCAGAUUAAAUAUAAGAAGGCUAAAGCUGGCGUUGGACCAGGAAUCAGCGGGGACCCAGGAUCGAAUGGUGAUGCAGGAGAAAGCGCCGGACACGUUUCAAUCGUUUGUGACUACUUGCACGGUUGCAAAUUGAAAGUAAAGGCAUGCGGAGGCGAUGGAGCAGACGGUCAGGAUGGCGGAGAUGGAACACCAGGAUCAGAUGGUAAAGACGGAGAGGACGCCAAUUUACGUCCGCCAGAGGAAGUCAAUCAGAAUUUUAGUUACAUUCCCCUCAACAUUCUCAAGUAUUUUGUUCCGAUAUGGAACGUCUAUGAGAUGUCACGUAGUGUCAUUCACUACUUUCAAGGUUCAGAAUUCGCAAUCAGAUACUUGGAGAAGGGUGAAGAAGGAGAGCCUGGGAUUGCUGGCGGAUCUGGAGGUGCAGGUGGAAGCGGUGGCAAAGGCGGAUUCCCUGGUCAAAUCGACAUCAAGUGCCGAUUGGAGAAAACUGCUGCCAUAGAAGAGGAUGCCAAAAAAGGAGCUGAUGGCAAAAAUGGAAUUCCAGGCAAAGGAGGACCUGGUGGAAAAGGAGGCCGGAAUGGAUGGGACGCGGCUCGAGUCUUCACUCCGGACGAUCUGAACCCUUGGCUUUACAUCUCAGGAAAGUGGGUGGAAGACAAGGGCGAUUUGCUGAUUGAAGACGUCUACUGCAAAAACAAAAAGAAAGUUCUCGGGUGUAAAAUCACGAGAAAAAGCCAAGACAAAAGAGUAGUAGCCGACGGCCAGCGAGGAGAAGACGGCGAUCAGUCAGAGACGAGCAACGCGGCCGUUCCCAAGAAAGCCAUGUCCGAAGUGGAUACCGAGUGGACCAUGCAGGAACAGGAAUCGACUGCAGCACUGGAUCAACUCGAUCAAUCCAUUCGUGCUGACGCUGCCGCCCUUGAAUCCAUCGAAGCUCAAGCUUUUGCGGAAAAUGAGAAACGCGCGAGGGCAGCCGCGGAACAACUAGAAGCCAACGAGCAAAAACUAGAUCGCGCCAGCGAGAUCGAGCAGCGGACAAGAAAGGAAUUUCAAAAAGCGAAAAUUGCGUCCCCUGCUCAGUCGAUGCAAUCGCAGCUGUUGUUGAAUGCUGACCAGCAGCUUCCCAACGAACCUGAAACAAUGGAUGAAGCCGAAAAACCUUAUCCGGAAAUUGUUAACGCAAUCCAAACGAUACCGAUUACAUCCAGUGACGAGUGGGAUUCGCUUGAAGGCAUUUAUUUAUUGGAUGCCCUUAUUGACAAAUUCUCCGACGACGCAGAAAAGUCGCAAACAUUGUCCAUGCUCUCCCAGUCUUUGUUUUUGCGAAUCCAGCAACAAGAUUUGUGGACUGAAGUGACGAAUAUCGUCCGCCGUCACAUGGACCACGUCGAUGACUUGAUCCAGUCUCUCAAGCACAUCAAUAAGAACAUUGAACUGGGCCAACUGUUUCUGUUGAACAAGGAGGUGGAACUCUUGAAUGAUAUCCAACGUGCUAUCCAGGACAAAACUUUUGGAUCAAAAUUAUUUAACGAUGCCAAUAAGAACAGCGUUCUGGUUACAAUUGACUAUUUCCAACGCUUGACUUGGGACUACGAUGAACUUGCAAGUUUGUUGAAAUCUCUUGAAAAUUAUUCUUCAGUAGAAGAGGGGUCGUCGAAAGUCCGGUACCAACUGGUGGAGGUUCUCGGCAAUCGACUAGUUUCCGUCGUCGCUUCAAAAUUGCCUGGCAGCCCAGAAAAACUAUUGAGAGAACUCUUCCAGUGCUGUCGCCGCAACAAUCCAUCCAACCGUGUCCAGUUUGGAACAUUUUUCGACAAUCUGGUAGAAGCAUUGAAGAAAGGGGCAGCCGAUGGCGGCCAUCAAUCAGAGACAAGCAACGCGGCCGUCCCCAAGAAAACCAGCACCUUAACGAAAUUUGAUCAAAAGAGGAUCACUUUGAACGAGUUUAUCCAGGAGAAAUUGGGCGUUCUUCACGUGAGGGAUUUGUUUCCCUCUGAAAUGAAAACCAUCAGCCCAGAGCAACUGGAUAAGUUGGCUUUUUUGUUAAACAACGUCAAAACUGAUGUUGAAGAUUUAGACGACGUCCGCUCGCUCGUUACAACAUUGUCAUCGGAGAAGAAGGAAAUUGAAGAGAAAGAGCCGUUUAAACAAGUCCUACUUCUGGUUGAAAAGGCAUUUGAUCAAGUUUACUGGAGUAAAGAAUGCAUCAAAAUUCAGACAAUGUUGGCCGAUGUCAAUGCAAAAUCUCUGCGACAAUCGACCAAUGCCCAAAUGUCGAAAGAAGCUGCGAUGGAGAGGGAGUUUUUUCUGAAUUCAGUGGAACGACUCAAAGUGGCUCUAACGUGGGCCUAUUGCCGCAAAUCUUAUCAAGAAAAACUUGAAAUUUGCAGCGAACUGAGACACAGAUUCAGGAGUACUGCCUGGAGAGAUUUUGUUAAGAAAAUGUUGAAAAAGAAAAGAAAAGAGAAAGAAGGAAAAAAAGAAACUGAAAAAGAAGAAAUUGUAAAAAGAUUCGACUUUGAGAAAAUUGUCCGUUUUUUUCAAUCGAUGGAAUGGAUUAAGAAACAAGAGAUCGGCAUCGUUGGCGCCUUCAAAGAUCAAGGAACAAAAUCUGAUCAGGAUUCCUUUAUGGAUUUCGUCAAACAACUUCAAGAUCAGAAAGAAGUGAAUGCCAAUUCGAUGAGGCCGCAACUAAGAAGAGCCCUGCACUUUCUCCAUCAAAAUAAAAUGGUCCCGUUUACGGCAGCUGAAAUAACCUCGUUGAAUGAGUUAUUUGAAAAAAGCCGUUUCGAUGCCGCUCGAGACGAUUCCUCCUGCCAAAACGAAGCAGAUUUGCGAGCAGAAUAUUUACUCAACUGGAAAGAACGCUACUUUUUGCGCUGGACAGACUGCUGCGCCGAAAUCGACCGGAUUCGAGAAGAAAUCCGAUCAAAUUGGAUAGAAAUCUGCGCGGACUUGGAUUCGGUUCUCGAACCAACAAAAGUUGUCCAUCGAAUGGAUGUUCUGUUGAAUAGAUACAACAUCCUUGCCAGUCUGUGCCUGUCGCCAGCAGAAUGUUACCAAAAAUGGCUAUCUCUCAGUAAAGAGCCUUAUGAAAGCUUGGAGCAGUGCAUCAAAUCCAGAAUGCGGCAAGAUUUCUCGUUCAAUUAUCAACAGCUAAUGGACGAUGUCGUAAAGGAAAUCAAAGAGCUUUCGGCAACCUCUAAACCAGAAACAACCAAUCAAAUCCAGCAAAACCCAGAAAUUUACCUUCUAGAGGCAUUGGAUUCACUCGUGACUGCUGUUGCUGUACAAUGUGAAGAACCAGAAAAAGAGAAACGUCUCUCUUCGUUGCUGCCCAAUGUGGAAUUGCUCAUUCUAUGCCAAGUCGGACUGGAUGAUAGCAACCCGACGCGGACGUCCAACGUCGUCUCUCAACUUGAAGAAUGGAAGAAAUCCAUCAGCCGCAGCAGCAUGACACUGAUGAAUGGUAAACAAAACGAAACAUGCAAGAGCUUGUCGAAAAUAUUGGAUCUCGUUUUUUGGUCCGUCACUGGCGAUGAGCUUUUAAUUGAAGAACUCGUUCUCAAAGACAGACAGAAUCGUCAAGACGUGAAAAGAGCCAUUGUCUCACUUGAGUCUUUUCUUGAUCAUCUGGUGGAGGCCAAUGAAAUUGAGACAUUGGACAUUUUUAAUGCGACUGUCCAAAUUUUAAAAGACGGCGAAGACUUGAGCCCAUGGCGACUAUUAUUCAACCAAAACCAAGAUCAAUUAUUAUUGGUGGAUAAGCAGAUUGACAUUUGGAAUCAUUGCGUAAAAGAGGUGUCACUUCAUCCGAACGAAAAGGGCGUUGCAGCAUUUUUGGAGGCGCUUCUCACUUCGUCGUCUCCUUCGUUGCUUAAACUACGUCUGACAAUUGCGGUGCAACUUUUGGACCAUUACGUUAAACCAUGUGAGGAUUUGGUCUUGUUGGUACGGUGGUCUGGAUUAAUAGCAACCAUCAUUUCCACUUGGCCACAAGUCGAAAGUGAUCGAGACAUUUUCAAUCGGCUGUCAACUGUUCAAACCUUUCUCAUUCUUCAUCUGACGGAAUUUCUAAGACGACGGCUUCAGCAGAAGAAAGUAAAAAAAUCCAUUGAAUUUCAGUUGAAGGAAUUGAUUAAUCAGUUGGGUAUCGUAGCCAAUUUCCUCGACCAGUCUGAGGUCCAAGCCAAUCUCCUCAUUUUCGAGGGCCUAGUGCUUCUAGCCAAAGCCAUGGAUGCCAACGUAGACGAACUGAAUCCAUCGCUUUUCAUCUCCCAGUACAUUGACCGGUUGUACAAUGGCAACAAAAAGGGGGUGAACAAAAAUUACGAUUUAAGAAAGAAAGCCAUCUCCCAAAUUCUUUAUUCCGAUCAAGAGAAGGAGCCAGUUUUCACCCCUUUGGAAAAGUCAUACGUAGAGCGUUGGCUUCAGACCAAGUCCUGCUUCCAAAGUGAAGACCACAUUCAGGAUUUCUUUGGCCAAAUCGAUGCAGUCAAUAAAUCAAAUCAAACAGAGGCAGUGAAGACCCAAGAAAAUCGCCUAUUCUCUUCGGCGGAUUUCGACCUAAUGUUGACCAGCGAAGAGAAGAAUUACAUUGGCAUCGUAGGCCGAGAUGUCGCCGAGGAAUUGCUCCGAACCCAACAGCCUUUGUCUUACAUGCAUGUUUUGAAAGAGCGCGCCGUUCAAAAGAUUUACCUGGGCUUUUUGCGAUACUUUUAUCCCGAACUGGAUGCAGAACAGAAAGACUUGCUGCAGAAGACAAAGCCAAUUGUGUCGACGGAUCCCAGCGACAAGCGCAAAUGUAUUGUUGAAUUCCGGCAAGCAUUUAGUAGAGCCCACUUCUUUGCCAAACGACAAGGUGUUGAAUUCGAGUGGCUCAUUUGGCUGCAAGAGACCGUGCUGAGGUCCAUCGUAUCAACGCGGGACCAAGUGGGAUUGGCUUUGGUAACCGAAAUCCUUUCGACGUCGAUCGAGUUCACUCCGAAGCAACUCUUCAGUUGGACGACCAAAAGUCGACCCCACCGGUGGCUGGACGACGCCUUGGUCAAUUCCAUCAUGAACGUCAUAGACCAGUUGGAUCGAAAACCGUCGGCAACAAAUGCCGGAUCACUAGAUCAGCUACGUUUGCUCAAGACUGAUUUGCAAUCCUGUCUGAAAACCCACCAGCAGAAUGGAAGAGCCGUCCUCAAUAUUUUCCUCCGCAAGUUAGAACACGAGAGUAGACUGAAUCCAACGAGCAAUCCUCCGAUCGAUUUGUCUUUCCUGACUGGAAUUGUUGCCGAUUUGAAGGUUCUGCAGCGAAUCGACGACAUCGGACGAUUCCGGGAAACUCCUCUCCGUAAAUGGGCGAGGCUGAUUCAGCACGCUCGCCUGGCGGAUGCCUGGCCGUCUUCCUUGACUGAUCAACUGACGACUAUCCUGGAUCGACGCUUGGGCCACGACAAAACCGACCGUUUUCUCCAGCGGUUCCAUUCGAAAUACGGUCUGUCAGAAAAUACCAGCAGCAGUGGACGGAGUCCCGAGAAGAUCUUGCAAGACAUGCUCAGAAACUUAUCCAAAUACCCUUGGAUUGUCGACAAGUUCUUCACCUUGGCCAACGAGGAAAAUGUUUUUGACGACCACCUCUGGAAAUUUAUUCAAAAUCGAGAACUGAUUGAAAACGAAAAGAAAACUGAUUCCAAGGCCGAUUUGGAUCCUAAGCAACUCACUGACGUGAUGAAGAACGAUGAAGGCAGUUGUGCCAUUGUCGGCAGCCUCCAACAGAAGCUCAUCGAUCAGAUGAUGAAAAUUCGACGGUUAGCGUUGGAGGAAAGAAAGUCGUGGGAUGACAAGAAAAUCAAAGAAUGGAUUGAAAAUCAAAAGAAAGAUUCAAAAUCCAAACGCAUGGAUCCCGUCGAUUUCUUGUCCGUCGCUUUCCGGGCUGUCCAGUUGAAGGAAAAAUAUGGUUUGCGUGACGCUCAACUUUUAGCCGUUUUGAUCUUCAUCUCUCCGACUACUGAUGACGGGCCUCAAUUCCAACGUAGAAUGGCCCAGAUCUCGACGGGCGAGGGUAAAACACUCAUCACUGCCUUGCUGGUUGUCUUUCACGUGCUGGACAACUGGUCCAACGGUCGGCGGUUCGUCGACAUCAUCACCAGCUCGUUGGUUUUAGCCGAGGCCAAUGUGACAGAAAUGAAAUGGUUCUUUGACCUGUUUGGCAUUUCAGUUACCAAUAAUUGUGAUGCUGAAUGCUCCGAAGAUGAAAACAAACGACGUCUGCGUUACAACAGCGACGUCAUUUAUGGCGAUUUGUCCAGUUUCCAGCGCGACAUUUUGUUGAGUAAUUUCUUCUCCGAACGCAAAAUCACCAAUGGUCGAAUAGCUAGUGCCGUCGUCGUCGACGAGGUUGACAGUAUGCUCUUGGACAAGGGCGAAAACAUCCUCUACUUGUCACACAAGAUACCAGAGAUGGACGAUCUGACCCAGGUGUUUGUGGAAAUUUGGAAUGCCGUUCACGCGCCUGACGUGGCCAUGAGCGACGAGAGUGCCCAAGCCACAGUCUACCGUUUCAUCAAAUUGCGACUAGAAGAAGGCGACAUCGUGAUCCCGAAAUGUCUCGAAACGUAUGUUCAUCGUCAUCUUCUGGCAUGGACGCGCAACGCUUUUCGUGCCAAAAACCUGGUAACGACCAAAGAUUCUUACAAAGUGGACGACGUAGGCGACGGCCAUGGACAGCAGAUUGUCAUCAUGGACAAAGAGACGGGCGUGGAACAAGUGCAAAUGCACUGGUCGCAAGGGCUGCACCAAUUCUUACAGCUGAAGCACACCCUCAAACUGAGUCCAGUCUCACUCAAGGCCGUUUUCAUGUCCAACAUUGGCUUUUUCGAGGAGUGCAAAGAUGACGGGCGCCGUACGGCUCUGUACGGCAUGACGGGCACGCUGGGCUCGACCGCCGAAUGCCAAUUGCUCCACGACGUGUUCAACGUCGACUUCUUCAAGAUGCCACGACACAAGCGACGCUUCUGCAUCGAGGAAGAUCCCCUUUUAGCUCCGUCCAAAGACAAAUGGCUGGAAAACAUCAGCAAUGCGACCCAGACCCAACUGGAUAAGGGGCGAGCUGUUCUGAUUAUCUGCGAGAACAUUGCGUCAGCCGAAGAAAUACACACCGAGCUAUUGCUCAAGCAAAGCCAUGACAAGAAAAAUCCAUCCCAGAUUGUCAAGUACGUAAGUUCCUUCGACAAAGAGUUUCUAAAGAAACAGCACGAUUCCGCUUUGGAUCCUGGUGACGUCAUUGUGGCUACUAACUUGGCCGGACGGGGAACAGACUUGAAGAUCAAUGACGAACUGGCCGAAAACGGUGGUCUGCACGUUGUCAUUGGCUACGUUCCGGCAAAUGCUCGAGUCGAGGCCCAAAUCGAAGGACGUGCGGCAAGAGCCGGGCAACCGGGCAGCUUUCAGUUUGUCGUUUACCAUCCUAGUGUCAAUAGCAAAAAAGAACCAAUCUCUGAGCUCCUUCGUCUCAAAGUGUACAGAGACGACAAAGAAUGUCGCCGAUUGGCAACGAUUCGCAACCGUGGACUUCAAAAGAUCAACCUGGAAGGGAAGCUCUUUGAACGAUUUCAUCAGGAAAUUUACAACGAAAUCAAAAAGAAAUUGGAAAAGCGCCCCGAUUGUAAAUUGCAAAUGGAAUUUUUGACAAACCGCUGGGCUUUGUGGCUCGACGAAAACGCCGAGCACAUCAACAACGUCCAUCUCAAAAAGACUAACGAGAUCAACAAGAAUUUCCAGAAUUUCAAGGAUGAAUGUCUAAAACUUUGCCAUCAGCCUACUCCUCUGGCAUUCGCCUUGACGCCGUCGGAGCUAAUGAAACUGGGUGAUUUCUACGAAACUUGCCAAGAAACCGAUUUGAAAAAAAGUAGCCACUGCUACAACAAAGUCAUUGAAGACGAGCCCAACGCCUGUGAAGCCGCCCUGAUCCGCAAAGCUAAACUGAUAUUGCAAAAGGCCAUUGAAUUCGAUAAGAAAAAAGAAGCCAAAGUUUUACUGAAACGGGCCAAGAAUUUGAUCAAAGUCAAAAUGGAGUUGCUCACUUCCACGAGCGAACUUGUCAAACUCACAUCCAAAUGUAAUCAGCGAGCCGGCGGGACUGUCCCAAGCCAGAAUCGUUUCGAAGAACAGAUCAUCAACCAAUUGAGUCUUUUACAGAUUCACUUGUCAGCAGUGGAAGACAUUCUCGGCCGUCCAGUUCGUCGGAUGUUGGAAGCCCAGUUCUCGAAAGAUGCACGAGAGGAAAUCGGUGAAUUGUUAAAUGUCAUCGAGGCAGGUGCAGGUUUAUGCAAACCGUAUCGCUUGUCCAAGAACAUUUCUUUCACGAGCAAAGAUGGCAAUGAGCUUGUAUGUUUGGCAAGCCACCAGGUUCAAAAGACGGUCGCAUGGCCGUCGCGUCUGGACCACUGUCUGAUACAAACCAUUCAGCUCAUCAAGCAAAAAAUGAAAGAAUCCUCAUUGAAAAUGGUGAAAAACGAACUGGAAAGUGUCAUCGUGACCCAAGAUCAACUGUGGCAAGCGCUGAUUGAAGAAGGUUUCGUCAGCCAAGAGGAAAUUAUCCGCCAACAAAGAAUCUGCUGGGCGGACCAAAAGAUGGAAUCAAUCAAGACGUUUUUGAACGAUUUGCCCAAAGAAUUGAUUCAUUACAAAAGCCUCCUCGUAAAUUGGUUUGAAAAUCACAAAGAUGAAGAUUAUACCACGGCAGAGGAGAAAUUGGGACUCGACCCUGAGCACUCGUCUAUACUGGAAGAAUUCUUGAAAACCAAAAAGGUCCUGUUAUACGUGGAUGAACGUCAUGGGAAAGUAUCCAAGACAUUCGAGUUCAAGUAUAAUCUACCAGAAAGUCUGAGAAAACAUCACCGUCUGUUGUCCGACUGGUCUCUAGACAAUAGAGAAACGACAGCAGCCCAAAUAGGUACAGCAGUGAGCAGAGAAGAUCUGCCGUGCCCCAAAGACAGUCAGGAAGCAGUUGACCAGUUGUGGAACUAUCUGAUCGAGCAGGGCGUCAUCAAAGAGAGUAAAAUCAUCUUCUCUCGUGGACUGGAAUCGGGAGAGAGUCAAAAGCGGAUCAGUGAAAUAGAAACAGCCGUCAAAACCUCUUUGUCCGCUAGCAGCAUUGACGUCAUUUGCCGAAAGUACCGCACUGCUCCAGAACGCGCUACAGAAUUGUCCCGCACCGACAUCCAGGAAUAUUUGGAACAUGAUAAGAUUGAAAUCACUGGCGAGUCUACUCAGAUUACGUUAAAUCCUGGAAAAAUACUAAAGUGGAUAGCCAAACGAAAGAUGAAGAAACAUCUCGAAGCCUACCGUGAUGAAGUAUUUGAGACAUUGAAAAAGAGCAUCGGGCAGCUCCACACCAUUCCGAGGGUGACGGCCUCUUUCCAGCCAAUGUCCAAGAACUUCAUGUCCGAUCCGAAUACGAAACGAUUUCCAGCCGAAGAGAUCCAGAGUUUGCAGGACAAGUCGUUCGAUCAAGUCAUCAUCUUAAAAGAAGAUAAAUUAUGGCGGGAUUACUUUAGCUGGCGAGCUUUCUUCGUGGCCUCGUUCGCCUUUGCGAAAAUCUCGACUGGCUUGGUCGUUCAGGUGAUGUCCGAUGGACUGAUUAACUUGGACGAAUUGAAAAUACCCGGAAGUUUCGGAGAAAUGAUGUUCGCCAUUCAGAAUAGCCUAUCUGGCAUGAGUGUGUCGAAUGUUUUCAGCAAUCACAUGUUGUUGAGCGUUGGUUUGACUAUCGCCACGGGUGGAUUAUCUUCCUACUUGACUAAAGGAGCCGCGGUGUUGAAGACGGUCUUGUCCGGUUUCCAGGGCAAAACAGGAUUAUCCUCCUGCUUCGCUAUAGCCAAAGCGGCACUGGCAAAAUAUGGCAAAUCCGUCCUCUCGGCUUUGACCAGUUUUGGUGUCGACAAAUUCCUCCCUUGGCUCAAAACGUACAUCAUGGACAAAAUGACUUCCCUCCUCAAGGGCCUCAUUAGCAAGAUUUUGUCGCCAAUGUUCGACACAUUACUGAAGAAGCUGGAACAAAUACGGAAAUUGAUGAAAAAGAAGGGACUUCAAUUGGCCCAGAUUAUGACAUCGAUUAGAGCCACCCUGAAAAAAGUAGGCACUUCCGAAUUGACCAAACUCUGGGUCCGGCGUGCGGUCGACCAAGCUUCCUCAUUAGCCAAUGCCAUGGUCGGUGGUUUCGCCAAGACACUAGGGGAUGUCUCCAACGCUCUGAAAACAUCUUUCAAAUUUGACGGAUUCGUCGAAAAAGCCAAAAACGUCCUCAAAUAUCUGGAAAAAAGCGCAGAAGUUGUUCGGCUCGCCAGCCAAGCUCCAGAAUAUGUUGAAAGCAUCAACCAGACACUGGACACGACGAUCAUCAAAAAGCUAGAAAGUGGGACUGAAAUUGAAGUGGACACUACAUCCAGCGAACAAGCAACAGAGAAGAACUUUACUGAGUUUAAAAAGAACGUGAAGAACCAAAUCGAAGAUAACAUUUUCCAGUCCUUGGUUGAAAGCUUAAAAAAAGCCUGGUUUACACCAUGGCUUCAAGGCAAAAUCGAAAAUAUGGUCGAUCACUACAGCAAGAAAACUUUACAGGUCGCCGGUUUUGUGUGGCAGGGCUCAGAUGACGCCGCAGCAGAAACGGGCGAUUCUGCUGAUCAAGGAAACGCAGAGGAUCCACCAACGGCCAUCGAUGCUGGGGAAGAAGACGCCGAGAAACUCAAAGAUUUGCUCGGUGAUGACGGAUGCGAAAUUCAAAAGGAUCGUCAAGGCAAAGCCGUCGUUGAGCCGAAAACAUUCGAGCAAGUCGUCGACAGCAUAGGCUGUGGUGAACCAGUCGGCCUCCUCCAGAUGCAAAUGAUUGCCAAUUCCGUGAAUUAUUCUCUUGAAAUUGUCGACAAAGUGGGCGAACUUGUCAAAGAUGGAAGUGGAUCUUUUGUUCCAGAAGGCAAGUCGAAGGGAAGUAUUAAAGUGAUUUACACUGAAAACGAAGAAGACGGUACCAAACGUGUCACCGUAGAGGGACUUGAUGACCAGCCAAUUGACCUACCAACGACAGACGACGCCAAACCUACCUCACUUGGUGGAUGCCUUUAUGAUGCCGUAGCCAAAGCCCUGGGUAGUUCGACCGAAGAGCUGUUGGCUCAAGUUAAAACCCAUGCCAUCAACAGCAAAACGGCUCGUUAUUGGUACGAAGAAAUGGUGGGCGACGCCUUUCCGGGACUCGGCAACAGAGCAAAGGACGAGAGUAGCACUGCGGACUUUCGCCCAGAUGAAAAGAGCAAAAUAAGUCCACCAAAUGGCGUCUCUUCCGUUGUGCAGCACCUUAUUAUUGGCACCAUCAAAGAACAUCUCACUCUUGAUGCUCGCUAAUUUGUUUUAAUUUUCCUUUCCGUUGGACUUUUAAUGAAAUACUUUUCAAUAAUUACACAUGAUGCCAUUGUAUCGAUGACAAUAUAAUAAUUAAUUUGGUCUGCAUUUCAUAUGGUCUUAUAAUUAAUUUCUUAGCUUUACAUUUCACUUGAUCCUGUCAUUUUUAUUAAAUUGUUUUUCUUUCAAAGGUUUUAUAACAGCAGGCGAUAUUUUGAGCUGUUUGGUGUUGCUAAAUUUGAUGGAUGGACCCACCGAUUGCAAGUCCACCAGGUAGAUCCCAAGGACUUCAAGCUGAAUACCCAGAAGGAUCUUUUGCAAAAGAGAAAAAACUAUAACGGAUGUUCCUCGCCUAAAGGCUCCUGUGAAGAUGGAAAUCCUGUUGCACUCUCAAGGAUACACUUUGAUUGUCACAUGGCCAUGGAAGAAAUUGUUUGACUAAAGGAAGAAAAGGAAUGGGCAAGAUGAUCUCCCGUGGCUUGAAAUUGACCCGCAGCUUCUUUCUUCUUCUUCAGGGGCCAGCAAAAACGAGGCACCUAGUGUAAGAAUUCCGUACUGAUCGAAAGGAGUCGGGUUUCAGACUUUCAGCUAUCGUCUGUUAAUCUGUUUCAUUCCGCGUGGUUUUCAAUGGUGGUGGUCGAUCUAGUCGUUCGUCUCGUCUGAAUGUCAAUUUUAAGUAUCUUUCUUUGUUUCUUACGACAUUUUAAAUUUGAACAUAUAUUAGUUGAUGCUAGGUUGAUAGAU